AUGGAAACACCAAAUAGAACCUGUUCCUAUUCCUUCGGAAAUAAUGGAAUCACCGCCACUGUGAGCCCCUCGAGGCGUCUUUUGCGAAUAAGCCAGCAUUUCCCUGGUGAGAAGGUUGGCUACUGCGUGCAUCACUCGUUCAUUCCCGAACCAUACGAUGUUGUCAAUCGGAUCACUACAUUUCUUUCCACAGCUAAUGACCCAGACCACAACGUUGGGUUCUACCCUGAUCUAGAAUGGUUGGGUGACGACAUCGAUAGCACGCCCGCGAUGUUCAUCAAUGAUCGAUGGCCUGUCUUUACCAUGGAUGGAAAGAACGGAAAGGUCAAAAUCGAGUACUCUGUUUCCGAGAGAUUUGUUUAUCGGACGUUCCACUUCGCUAGAGGUUAG